AUGCACUCUGCUGGUCUCCAUUCCCGGUCCAGCCACAAUCCCCUGGGGUGGCCCUGGAGAUGCCCAAGGGCCUCCCUUCUGUUGUCCCCAGCGGGACCUAGCUCGACCCAGCCACGGGGGGGGGCCAUGGGGAGGUGGCGGCCAGCCCCGGAUGUCAUCAAGACCUCGCUGAUCCUGCUGGCACUGCUGGUACCCUCACAGGCCGUGGUGCGCGCCAUACUGGAUGGGAACUCCAGCACCAUGGACUUUGCCGAUCUGCCCGCCCUCUUCGGGGUACCCCUGGGCCCUGAGGGCCUCCGGGGCUACCUGAUGGAGGCCAACCCGGCCAAUGCUUGCCAGCCUAUCAAGGGCCCACGGCCGAGCAACAGUUCUCUGGGCGCCAUUGUCCUGAUCCGCCGCUAUGACUGUACGUUUGACCUGAAGGUUCUGCACGCCCAGCGGGCCGGCUUCGAGGCAGCCAUCGUGCACAACGUCCGCUCAGACGACCUGGUGCGCAUGGCCCACGUGUACGAGGACCUACGGCACCAGAUCGCCAUCCCCUCUGUGUUCGUGGGCGAAGCCGCCUCGCAGGACCUGCGGGUCAUUGUGCGCUGUGACAAAUCCGCCCACGUGCUUCUGCUGCCCGACUACCCACAGUGCUCUGACCUGGACUGCCACCCCGUGCUGACCGUGUCCUGGGUACUGGGCUGCGCCCUGGCCCUGCUCACCUCCACCUUUCUCAUCCUGUGUCGUGUGUGGCACUGGCUGAGGGCCUGGUGGCACCAUGAGCCCACGGUCAAGAUGCCGGCCCGGCAGAAGGCCCAGGUGCGCACCUUCAGCCGGCACGAUGACCUGUGUGCCAUCUGUCUGGAUGAGUACGAGGAAGGGGACCAGCUGAAGAUCCUGCCGUGCUCUCACACCUACCACUGCAAGUGCAUCGACCCCUGGUUCGCCCAGGCCACCCGGCGCACCUGCCCUGUGUGCAAGCACUCCGUGGCCGGCACGGAGGACGCCUCCGACUGCACCAUGGAGAGCUUUGCUGACGAGGACUGCACCCUGCCCGGCCACCAGCCACCCAUCUGGGCCGUCCAGGCCCAGCUGCGCUCCCGGAGGCUGCAGCUGCUGGCCCGAGCCAGUCCACACUGUCACUGUGGCACCAUGUCAGCAGGGGUGUCCUCAGAGAGGGCCUCACCAUCCCACUGA